UAAGGGUCAAACUGUUGUGUUUAUCAGAAGACACAGAUCUGUCUGUGUAGUUCUCAAGGUGCGCGCGUGUGUGUGUAGCUAGCUGUGUGUGAAGAUGAGGCUGAGCGGCGUGCUCGUGUGUGUGCUCCUGCUUUGGGCUGAAGGGUCCUGGGCUGACACACCAGCCAACUGCAGCUAUGAGGAACUGCUGGGGACAUGGGAGUUCCAGUUGUCCAAAGGAGGACAUGACAAGACCAUCAACUGCUCGGCUGAAGCUACAGGGGAGAGCACGGUGACUGUGACCCUGGAGAAACUGUCUGUAGCCACAGAUGAGCUGGGAAACACCGGCUUCUUCACCAUCAUCUACAACCAGGGCUUUGAAGUGGUCAUAAAUGGGUACAAAUGGUUCGCAUUUUUCAAGGUAAAAAAUGCAUAGAUUAGUGAUAUUUUC